GAAGCGAUCAACCUCACCAACGCCAUCCCUUCCCAGGGGCCCGAGGUUAGGCGUUCUCCCUUUCCCCGGGGACCCCGAGCUCACCCCAGAGCGCAACUUCUGCGGACCCGAGGAUCGCCUGGAGCCAACUCAAGUGCAAUAGUCGCAGCAGCCUCAUCUCCGGAUCGAACCUCGUGGCUACUAACCACUUCCUACUCCUGGUCCUCCUCCUCCUCCCGCCGCCCGGCGAACCGCGCCGGGCUCUCGAGCGCCCUCCAGCCAGGCUCCGGCCGAACCGGGUAGUGCCACUAGGAGUAAUCGCGGAGGGAAACGUGCCCUGCUGUAAAACUUAAAAUUGCCUGUAAGUAACAGAUGCGGGUGAAAGAGCCAUCCAAAGCUUUACCUGAGAAAGCCAAAAGAAGUAAAAGGCCCACCAUACCUCAUGAUGAAGACUCUUCAGAUGACAUUGCUGUAGGUUUCACUUGCCAACAUGUAAGUCAUGCUAUCAGUGUGAAUCAUGUGAAAGAAUCAAUAGUUGAGAAUCUGUGGUCAGUUUGCUUGGAAUGUUUAAAAGAAAGAAAAUUCUAUGAUGGACAGCCAGUACUUCCUUCUGAUAUUUGGUUGUGCCUCAAGUGUGGUUUUCAGGGAUGUGGUAAAAACUCAGAAAGCCAGCAUUCAUUGAAGCACUUCACGAGUUGGAGAGCAGAGUUUCACUGUAUUAUAAUUAGUCUGAGCACAUGGAUCAUUUGGUGUUAUGAGUGCGAUGAAAAAUUAUCAACACAUUGUAAUAAGAAGGUUUUGGCUCAGAUAGUUGAUUUUCUCCAGAAACAUGUUUCUAAAACACAAACAAAUGCAUUUUCUAGAAUCAUAAAACUUUAUGAAGAAAAAUGUGAAACAGGUGAUAAAAAGGGAAGAAAAGACAGCAGUGUAACAUCUGUAAAAGGAAUUACAAAUUUAGGAAAUACUUGCUUUUUUAAUGCAGUCAUGCAGAAUUUGGCACAGUCUUACAUUCUUACUGAACUGAUGAAUGAGAUCCAGGAACAUGGUACAAAACUCAAGAUUGUUCCUUCCUCAGACUCUCCACUGGACCCAUUAGUGGUGGAACUUUCAAGCCCUGGACCAUUGACCUCAGCCUUGUUCCUGUUUCUUCACAGCAUGAAGGAGACUGAAAGAGGACCACUUUCUCCCAAAGUUCUUUUUAAUCAGCUUUGUCAGAAGGCCCCUGGAUUUAAAAGCUUUCAACAACAGGACAGUCAGGAGCUUCUUCAUUAUCUGCUUGAUGCAGUGAGGACAGAAGAAACAAAGCGAAUACAAGCUGGCAUUCUCAAAGCAUUUAACAACCCAACUACUAAAACUGCUGAUGAUGAAACUAGGAAAAAAGUCAAAGCAUAUGGAAGAGAAGGUGUGAAAAUGAACUUCAUAGAUCGUAUCUUUAUUGGUGAAUUAACUAGCACAGUCAUGUGUGAAGAAUGUGCAAAUAUCUCCACAGUAAAAGAUCCUUUUAUUGAUAUUUCACUUCCUAUAAUAGAAGAAAGGGUUUCAAAACCUGUGCUUUGGGGAAGAAUGAGUAAAUACAGAAGUUUACAGGACACAGAUAAUGGUCAAUACAGUGGCACUAUUACUAUAGAACAUACUCAGCAACCUAGAGCCACCAAGAAGCAUUCUUCAUCUAAAGAUAAGAAUCAACUAAUUCAUGGCAGAAAACGUACAAGAAAAUUGUCAUCUGGAGAAGAUAAAGCUGUUGUCAUAUACGAGAAAAAUGAAAACCUUGAAAUGAAUAGAGACUCUUCAUUGUUUGCAAGCAUCGUGAACACUGAGUCGACUCUGACUGAAAGCCCUACCGACGGCAGUGAAAAAGAAGCCCGCCUUUCUGAAAGUAGCGUUGAUGCUGACAGUGAGGCUUCAGAGUCUGAAAGUGCUCCUAAGCAGACUUUGUUGUUGAGAUCCAGCUGUGGAUACUAUGUGCACACAAAUGGACACCUUCGCCAUCUGUCAGAGAGUGAACCACUCACCAAGGAGGGUGACGGUGGUGAUGCGGGAGCAGCUGAAGCUAUUUCUGAACUUCAUUUGAGCAGCACUGUAACUGGAGAUAGGGAUUUUGACAGAGAAAAUCAGCCACUAAACGUUUCAAAUAAUUUGUGUUUUUCAGAGGGCAAGCAUAUGGUGUCUUACAGCCCCCCAAGUGCUUUUCAGACCCUUUCUCAGAGCUAUAUAACCACUUCUAAAGAAUGUUCAAUUCAGUCCUGUCUGUAUCAGUUUACAUCUAUGGAAUUACUAAUGGGGAACAACAAGCUUCUGUGUGAGAACUGUACUGAAAAGAAACAGAAGUACCCAAAGGAAACCAGUUCUGCAGAAAAGAAAGCAGGAGGGGUUUAUACUAAUGCCAGGAAGCAAUUGCUCAUUUCUGCUGUUCCAGCUAUCCUAAUUCUCCAUCUUAAAAGAUUUCAUCAGGCUGGCCUGAGUCUUCGCAAAGUAAACAGACAUGUAGAUUUUCCACUGACGCUUGACUUAGCACCAUUCUGUUCUGCUACUUGUAAGAAUGUAAGUGUGGGAGAUAAAGUUCUCUAUGGUCUCUAUGGCGUAGUGGAACAUAGUGGCUCAAUGAGAGGAGGCCACUACACCGCUUACGUGAAAGUGAGAACACCCUCCAGGAAAUUACUGGAACAUAUCACUGGAAAGAAAAAUGUACCUGGUUUGAAAGAACCUGAUAGUGAAUCAGCAGGCCAGUGGGUCCAUGUUAGUGACACUUACGUGCAGGUGGUUCCAGAAUCAAGAGCACUUAGCGCACAAGCGUACCUUCUUUUUUAUGAAAGAAUAUUAUAAUUAUUUGUUAAUUGUUAAUGGUAAUGAUUAUUUAGAUCACUUUUAUUUAAAUGCUGCAGCGAUAACCAUUAUAUGCAAUGUGUCUUUGUAGUCUUUUCUGUAGGAAUAGCAUGUCCCUCAAAUGCUCCUGGACAUAUUUACCAUUUUGGUGAAUCCUUUUAAAGUAAAUUAAAUUUACUAAAUGCUUUCAAAAUUAUAUUCUUAAAAUAAAUGUAAACACAUGUUUUUAAAAACAUAUUUGUCCUGGGAAAAAAAACCCAGAAUUUACAGUAGUAGAGGAAACUCCUUUAUAAUGUGGCUUAUUACUAUCAGCAUUCAGAAAUGAUGCUGGCUAAGUCAAAUCAUUCCUUAAAACAGUGUUUCCCAAAUGUGAGUCAAUACCACCUUUCUGUUUUCAUAUAUAUAUGUAUAUAUAUCUCCUAUGCCAUUGUUUACUUAUUAUUAUUAUUAUUAUUAUUAUUAUUAUUAUUAUUAUUAUUUUUGCAGUACGCGGGCCUCUCACUGCUGUGGCCUCUCCCGCUGCGGAGCACAGGCUCCGGACGCGCAGGCUCAGCAGCCAUGGCUCACGGGCCCAGCCACUCCAUGGCAUGUGGGAUCCUCCCGGACCGGGGCACGAACCCACGUCCCCUGCAUCGGCAGGCAGACUCUCAACCACUGCGCCACCAGGGAAACCCCUACUUAUUAUUUUUAAGCUUAUUUUUUAGCCUUUUUAAACCAUAGUCUUAUUUUGAGCAUAUUCUACAUUUUAUGUGCUAGUUACAUUUUUUCUAAUAAACAUUAAAAUAAAUAUAUAACUAAAGAAAAAUUGCUCAUUCAUGUAGCACUUCACUAAAAAUCAUCUCAGGGCUAUCCAGUAGUAUAUUACACUGCUGUGUCGGACACAUUGCUAUAACAUAUACUUACACAAUUGGCAUACUGACCUUGUCAUAUAUUUUGUAUGAUUCAACCAUAUAAAAUGGUACCACUGUAGCUUCAGUAGUAUGGAUUUACAAAUAAUAUACUGGUUAGCUUAUUGCUUUGAGGUUUUGAGAACUGGAAAAAUGCUGAAAUAUUUUAUCAACAUAUUAUUUGCAGCCUAUUCAUGAUGGAGUUGAGAAUAAUUUGCAAGUGAUUAGCCAAAGUCAAAAUAUAUUUAUAGAUAAUUGUUACAUGCAGAAUUGGUAAAUAGAAGUUGUUAAUCCAUAUGGGACCAUAGGAUACCUUUGAAAUGUAAAUUACCAAAUCAUAUUUGUAAAUGAUAGAGAAUUCUAUUCUUAUUAUGCUUAAUAGGAAAAUGUAAUACAUUUUCUAGUUCUGUAGAUCAGUAAAUAUUAAUCAUGUUUUUGGGGUUUUGAGAUCACCUUUUGUCUUCAGCAAGCAUCAUCAGUAAGUUCAAAUAGGUUUAGUUUUUAUUUUAAUGGAGCAUAAAGUUGGCAUUUUGGAUUUUCUUUUAAAAUAAUUAAUAGCAAACAUGGUAGUUUUUCCCCCCUAGAAAACAAAUUAUUAAGCUGUCAAAACUUGGCAUGAAAAUGUUACCAUUACUUAGGCUUAAAUUUUUUUAAAAUGACUACUUUGGUGUUACAUUAUUAAGUCAAAACACAUAACUGCAUGGUUCAAGCAUCCUAAUCAUUAGGGCUAACGAAUGAUAGUACAGGCAGAUGCUGGGUAAGUGCCUGGUCCUAGUUCCUUCUCCUCUUGUUAAGGAAGGAUAAGAAUAAUGGCUGUAGUUAAUGUGUGGAAAUAUUUAACGAAGACUCUCACCCUUCUUAAUAUUUAAGUAUAUGUAAUAUUAUCAAGGUUACCAGUGCCGCCUUUUGAUAUAUGGAUGAAUGGAAUUGUGAUUAGUUUUAAAGAUGGUAAUAAUAUACGAAAUUCAGAGCUUAAAAGUGUCAUUGCAUAAAUUGUAUUUUUAAGCUGUUGAAAUUUCAAUAAUAGUGAUUUUCUUGAUUUUUAACAGUGAAAUGAUGGAGAAAUGUAUCUUUAUAAGUUAACCUGUAAAUUCAGGUUGUGUCCUGUAAAAGGUAAACAGUGUUUACAGUGUUUUCUGUUUAAUUGUAAUGCGUUAACGUUGAAGACUUCAGUACCAGAGCAGUGAAAUUUUUUGAAAACUAUUAGUUAAUCCUCUUUAUUCAAGUCAACCGUCUUGGUAAUGACAGUUACCAUCUCCUGCCCCAAAUGUAAAUAUUACAUUGUCUCAUUUUUCUCCUAGAAAAGAUACCAUUAAGAGGCAUGCACUUUUCAUUGGAUGGUCACCUGCUUCUUAUUUCAUUGAUAGAUGGAUAGAUGAAAGAGAGAAAGAAAGAAAGAGGGAAAGGAAGCAAGAAAGGAGGGAAAGAAACAAGAACAUUCUUUUCUGUUGCCUCUUGGGUUAUCCCUUACAGAGUUAAGUAGAGAUGGUAAGUGAUAGGUGAGGGCAAGAAUCAAAGAAGGUGCCUGGUUCCUCUUUUCAUUGGAUGCCAGGAAAUGAACUAGUGCUGAAUUUAUCAAAUUAGGAGAUCUUUUAAGCUUUAUUCUGAAUACCAGUUAAGACUGAUUUUUCAUUAAGUGAGUGAUAUAUUGUAGCUUCAGAACAUUACCUCAGUACUCAAAUACUACAGUAGUUUUUAUGCUUAACUUCACAUUUAUUCAUUAAGUAUAUAUUUAUUGAACAUCUACUAAGGGUCAGGCCCUGGGCUGACACUGUUUUAACAUGUUUUAAAAUGAAGAGGCCUAUGUAAGUUUUAGACAUUAUUCUAGAAGUAAUAAGAUACUUUUAUUUUCAUUUCCACAGUGUUAAAUGAGUUAAUUCUGAAAUCUGUUUUUUUAUGGCCUAAAGUUUAUGAAUGCUUUGCUUGUCCAGGUCUGCUGGUAAUGGAAUAAAUUUGAUUUUGAGAUCUAAGAAUUUCCUAAAGAUAGCUUUUGUAAUAGAAAAAGUAUGUUAAGUUACACAUGGAUCUACAUUUAAAUUUUUGUUUUUAUUUUGAAUAUUUCCAAAGCACAUUUGCAGGGGUACUAAAUGACUCCUUCCAGAUGACCUCAGGAAACAGUACAAAUCAGUGAGAAUGUUUACAGAUCCUCAAAACAACUACUAUAGUGUUUGGCGAAAUGAAUUUAAGAAGUAAAACAGGAGUUUAACUAGCUUUAUUUAGAAACUAGUUUAUAUCUAAACUCGGGUUCCCCUAGUUUUUCCAUGUUUAAAAUGAUACAUUUUUUUGACUAUAUGCCAAUUAUGUGAAUAUUUUUGACAUAACCAAAUGUGUGUUUAUAUUUAAGAUUUUGUCAUUUAAUGUUUUUAAAACUGAUGUGAAGGCCACCUUUUCGAGUGGCCAGGGAGAGUGGUGUCAGUUCUAAGAGCAGUUGAUACCUGUUUUCUUACUGUAAAUGUGCCAACAAAACUAUUUUACUAUGAUAUGUAUUUAAGAGCUCUUAGUUCGCAUGUUUGACUUCAGUCAAUGAUUUUAUAUGAUAUCUGAAUAAAAUUUCCUGAGGAUUAAGCUGUGAAAUAUAUCACCUUCAUCUAAUUUUUGAGGUAUAAAAUAGUAUCUUGCCUACUUUUAUUAAAUUCAUACUCAUAAUUUGUCUGUGUCCUACCUGAAAAAAUAAGCCUAAACCAGAUAUGUUAUGUGCAAUAAAAGUGAUUCUUUAUAUGUUAUCUGCUGAAUUAAGAAAGACUAUUUUUAGAUAUUUAAAA